AUGGUAACAAGAUUUGGUCACGUAGGCUGGACUUUGCCGCUAGAGCUUCUCCUGGUCGUCCGCACACACGACGCCAGUUUCCGGAAAAAACACAUAAGUGCUGCCAUGGAAAUAGCUUAUUGCUUCUGCAACUCGUCUAUCAUUGUCCUUUCCAUCUUCCUCGUUAUCAUUUUUUGCCGGUUCUUGUCUAAUCGAUCCACCUUCAGGCUCCCACCUUCUCCACCUUCUCUCCCGAUCUUGGGCCACGCUCACCUCUUACUCGGCAGCACCCCUCACUGUGCAUUACAAAAGCUUAGCAUUCGAUACGGCCCACUCCUGUAUCUCCGAAUCGGCUGUGUGCCAGUAGUUGUCGCUUCCUCACCGUCGCUUGCCAGAGAAUUCCUCAAUGUCCAUGGAUCUUCCUUCUCCUCUCGUCCCCACAUCACCCUACUGGACACUCUGUUGUACGGCCGACUUCGCAUUUGCGCCAGUGGGGCCCUUAUGGAAAACAAUGAGGAAAACAUGCAUGGUGGAGCUCCUUGGCGGCAGGUCGCUCCGACGCUUCAGCUUCAUUCGGCAGCAGGAGAACGGCUGCUUCUUACGGGCCAUGAUGGCGAGCGCUGGGAUACAAGAAAAAGUGCAGAGAUAUUCAUACUCGAUGGUCUUAUGGAGGAGGUGGUGAAGGAGCACCAGAGAAUGGAGAAGACGGUGGAGAGUAAAGAUAUCAUCGAUGUUCUUCUAAAGAGCAUAAAAAAAGACAAGGAAGAGGGAGAGAUCACCAAGGAGAAUGUCAAGUCUCUUAUUUUGGAUGUGUUUUUUACAGGAAUUCACACGGCAUCAAUUCCGUUGCAGUUCGGCUUGAUGGAGCUUGUACGUCACCCUUCAGUGUUAUUAAAAGCCCAAGCAGAGAUGGAUUCGGUUGUUGGCAAGAAGAGGCUGGUGGAAGAAAGAGACUUGGCCAACCUUCCUUACCUGAAGGCCAUUGUGAAGGAGACACUGAGGCUGCACCCGGCAGUGCCAAUGGUGCCCAGAGCAAGCACUGAGGAUUGCAGAGUUGGGGAAUAUGACAUCCCAGCCAACACUUGGGUCUUUGUAAAUGUGUGGGCGAUGGGGAAGGACCCUUGGGACAGCCCGUCCGAAUUUCGACCGGAGAGAUUCCUUGGCAGUCCUGUAAACGUCAAGGGAGAGUACUUUGAGUUGCUCCCUUUUGGUAGCGGCCUGAGAAUGUGCCCAGGCUCUGCCCAUGCUCUGCUUGUGUUUUGCACCGUGCUCGCGGGCUUCAUACAGUGCUUCGACUGGGAGGUUGAUGGUGGCCCUAAAAGACUGGACGUGGAGGAAAGAUCCGGUGGCAUGACAGUUUCGAUGGCGAACAAGUUGAUUUGCCGUCCCAUCCCUCGUUUUGAUGCCCUAAUCGUUGAAUAUAAAUCAGCAAAUGAGUAUCUAAACGACAGGUAGACGCUGUUGACAGAUUGAUGCUUAGUCUUCACAUUUCAACCAAGGACGAAGAUCUACCACGAUCGAAUAGAGUACUGCUCAACUAACACUCUAUUGUGCUGGUUCUUAUAAUUAUCUGUUUGCAUGUUUGCUUCAGGAUGAUUGUUUCAAAUCCAGCAAACGGUUUAU